ACAUAAUUUUGCCAUCCAUAAGCGCACUGCAAAGUGGAUUGGGCUAGUUAUUUGCUGUGAAAUGUUCGGUUUAAGAAUUUAUUUGCAGAAGAUUGAUAACAUGCAGAAGCAGAAUCCAUUUUAUUGUUUUUUCAGAUAAAAGAAAAAAGCAGGACUGCCACUCGCUGUGAAAAGGAAAUCUCAAUUCCAUCCCAGAGUAGGCCGCCAAACUGGCUUCGGAUUUCUUAAGACGACUCUUCCCGCCGCGAACCAGACGACGCAUCCCACUCAAAAUCCCUCAAAUCGGGGCUGGUCGCCGUUGCAAUCCGGGAAUGGACAUAAACCCCUUUAAGAUUUGCUCUGGCCUCAAAGUUCUUGGCUACUUCAUGAUCCUCCUUGUAGCCGCAAUCAUUGGCAUCUCGUACUAUGCGGUGGUGAUUCUCACGUGGGGCCCUCAGCUGCUACGCGGAGGAUUCCACUCGUUCUUAGGGUUCUUCAUCGUCAUAGUGAGCCAUAUUCUGCUUAUACUAUCCCUUUGGAGCUAUUUAAUGGUAGUCUUUAAUGACCCUGGUUCUGUCCCUGAAAACUGGAGACCUAUAUUAUCAGAAGAGAAUGUGGAGGUUGGUUGCUCUAUGACAUCCUCAGAUUAUGUAGCACCAGAGGCUUCAUCUUCUUCUUGGGCCACUUCUGAUGGACUGGAAAGAAGGCCACCUGUGGCCUACUGCAUUCGUUGCCAAAAUGGCAAGCCACCUCGUUGUCACCAUUGCUCUGUUUGCCAAAGAUGUGUUCUCAAGAUGGAUCACCAUUGUGUAUGGAUUGUGAAUUGUGUUGGGGCAUGCAACUACAAGUUCUUCCUUCUUUUCCUGCUGUAUAGUUUUCUGGGGACAACAUUAGAUACCUUAGCACUGCUGCCAAAAUUCAUCAAGUUCUUCGAUGAUGCUAAGAAUCAUUCCAGCUCUCCUGGGAAUCUAGCAAUCCUCUUUUUGGCUUUUGUUCUUAAUUUGGCAUUUUCUCUGAGCCUUCUUUGUUUCGUAGUUAUGCAUACGUCCCUAUUAUUGAGCAACACCACAUCCAUAGAGGUGUAUGAGAAGAAACAAACAAUCAGAUGGAAGUACGACUUGGGCAGGAAGAAGAAUGUUGAACAGGUUUUUGGCACGAAGAAGGCGUUAUGGUUCUUCCCAUUGUUUUCCAAAGAGGAUUUGGACAACAUUCCUGCACUUCAUGGCCUAGAUUUUCCAACCCGUUCAGAUGUUGAGGCAUGAGGAUCGGUGAUUUUACAAAUUUUAUCCCAUUGUAGCUGUUGGGAGUCAACUGCUGGUGUAUCUCCUGUACCUUCUGCACCUUUUUGAUCCUCAUAAGGUUUGCCCAAUGCGUUUGAUUUAUUUGCUAUCACAAGCUUUGGUUGUUGAGAGGAUGAAUGCGAAGAAAAUGUUUGUAUGUACGCUACAUAUUGCUUUUUGGAUUGGGAUUCUGCUAAAUGAUUUUUCACCAAUACGAAGGUGCAGAAUCGGAUAAUUCUACAUGUAUGUGACAGUGAGGAGUACCAUGAUCUAGAAUACGAACCCCACUUUGUUGGUGGUGGUAAUUUGUUUGUCCUCUUAUUUUUGAAGACAUACCACUGAAUAUCUCAUGGAAGCCUGCCUAACAAGCUGCUUUAAUCAGACCUCAAA